AUGCAUCGCCUACGAGGGACGGUGUCAGAUCACCUGUCUCCCUUCUCCAGCAGCCUUGAAGCUGUAAACUUCCUUCUUGCUGAUGAUGGCACCUUUGGUCCUGAGCCAGCCUAUGUCUUCGCCUCCACUAGCUUCCUGGGCAAGGCUGCCAUCCCUCCUAUGGCCCCAGCCGCAACCAGUAUCGGCUGGCCUGGCAAGCCUUGGAAGCAUGCGGAGAUAGAUGUGGAGCUGAAGGAUGAAGAUGGAGAUAAGUGGGAGGAGGGCGAGGUGCAGGAGGAUGAGAUUUUCAACUCAACCUCCAACCGCUUUCAUCACACGAUGAGGGAGUUGGAGCAAGAGUCAGAAGAAAUGUUGAGAUCGUCACAGAGAUCCGACAAGUUCGAUCUCUUCCGGAAGAUUGAGCGCCGUGAGGAGAACAGAAGGCAACUCGUGGGGAGCAGAGAAAGAAACAUCCAUGGCCGACAGUCGGCUGAGCACCAGGAAGGCAGGGAGGACGGCAGCUUGGCAGAGGGCUGUCCGAUCAUCAUCCCGUUCACGAAAGAUGACAAGGAACAUAUGCAGACCCGACGACCCAUCAUAUCAUCGGUAAAGGUCAAUAGCUUGACCACCAGGAGGGCAGAGGACACGAAGUGGGAACCUGGCCAGACGAGUGACAUCGUGACUACAAACACAAGUCGAAGUGUCAGCUUCAAGAGACACUCGGUGAAUGAUACAUACCUAAGGCAGGCCCACAUGUGGAAGGAAGCGCAAUCACGAGAAGAUGCGAAAGAAAGAUUGGAAGUCUUAGUGCAUAACACCCAUCGGGAGCUUUUCGGUUCCUUGCCGAGCCAGCAGAAGUCCAGAACAACAGAUGCUCAACGAUAUGACGUGUUGAGUUCAAAGUUGUCUCUAGGAAAGAAGAACUUCAAGGAUCUGAUAUCUCUGAAGCAAAAGAGGACCAAGACUGACAUGAAGACGAUAGAGGGGUUGCGAGAGACUGCGCAGGAAGAGAAGUCAGAAGAUGAAGAAAGAAUAGAUACCAAGAAGGAGAAAGCAAAUAUCAAGCAGCUAAAAGAAUCAUCUUUCACCUUCUACGGGAAUUUCCCCUCAUGGAAUGAAGUUAAGUCUGAACUUGUCUGGAAGGUUGGGAUGUCUGGGUGGAGAGACGAACCAGGUUCUUCGUUGGUGGAGACAGUUUUCAAGACCUUGGAGGGAGCUUCCUUGAAGCUGGGGAAAGGAUUCAGUCAACUGGAUGUCAAGCACAUUGACAAUGAGACACUGAGGUCUUGGUUCGCAUAUUUCCAGAUCUUUCCGAGUUCCUUGCAAUUGGAGCAGAUGGUGGAAGACGGCAAGAAAUACCGCAAGGUUGUUUCCGUCCACUGUACAGCCAGCCUGAGUUGCCAAGAAGAUGCGCGGAAAGAGAUGACUGUCAAGGAGCUUGUGAAUGUUGUGUACAAUCUUGUAAAUGAUCAGUGGAGAUCUUGGCUGCAACUGAAGUUUGCGUGCAUGAUUGAAGAUCACUUUGACGGAUUUUCUCAUGACGUAAUGAUGGCAGAGCUAAGGGCAUGUGUCAGAUGGAAAGAAAUUGGAGGAUCAGGAGGAGAUGGCAGUGGUGGAGAGGAGCAGGACAACAAAAGAGUGAGGAGUAAAGAAAUGUAUCAGACAGUCAAGCAAGACAGUUCCGUCAAGUUCCUCCAUUCCAACAUCCAGCUCAAGGGUCAAGAUUGUCAACUGCCCAUGAUCAACGACAGGCUCAAAGUACAGCUGGGGAAGCUUUCCCGGUCCAGAGACGACCUUGACGGAGCUGCUCUUAUCGCGACUCUUGCGCCUGUUCGGCAAGCUGCAACCUCGUCGGGAUCACAAUCAGCACGAUCGCUGCAGAGGAGCGAAGAAAGUACGAGCCAGGCUGGAGUCGAGCUGGGGAGAAGGAGCAAGAGCGACAUGACAGUCAGACAGCCCGCGGGGUCACAAAGUCUUGACAAGAUCGAGUUGCUGCGUCCUCCCCAUGAGAUUGGAGACGGCAGUAUGCUUGUUGAUCCUGUAGAUGUGUGGAAGCAGCUAUCGUCGAUGGGCAUGAAAGUGAUGACAGAGGUGAAGACUGUUGGUCAUCGCUUCCCAUGUCUGAUGGUUCCUUUGCUGACUCAGGGCGAGUGGAGUUUGUUGUGUCAGGAGCUUUCCAAACGCUUCAACCUGUCCAACGUCGCCUCGUGGGAGAAUUUCCUGGCUGAGGUUCUAGUCAAGCUGCCGUCGCGUCGUCAGCACUCAACACGACUGCGACAGGAGACGAGACAGAAGCUGCUCUCCCACAUCACAGCCAGCAAAGUAUCCAGCGCCUCCUUCGCGCUCACUGACUCGAGCAACCCCCUGCACAAGAUAAUUAAGGACCCGUCUUCCAUCCUUCCACUGAAAGCUCUCAAGAGAAAGGUCGCCAUGAGGAUGGUCAACGUGCUGCUUGCAACCUGCUUCUCGUCCUGGUCGGACAACGUAGCGGCUGACAAGGAACGGCGAGAGGUAGAGAGAAGAGCGUUCGAGACAGCAAGGCAGGGGAAGUGGAAGACCAAGUUCAUGCAGGCAUACAAACCGCAACAACGAUAA